AGCCGAAAUAGCCUGCCAGCGACCAACAUUCUGCUUACAUUAAAAUCUGGGUAUUAAUUGCAAUACACCACGGAGCUUUAGCGUAUGGAGAUCUGAUUACCUCAUCCCUGCAUUACCAUCCCACGAAGAUCACCCAGAAUACCAUGCCUUGUCAUCUCGGAUGCAUUCUAACAGACCAAGUCGUACUGCCUCCUGAUUUGAUUUGUACUGUGAACAUGUAGCUCUUCAAUCUCAGUAUAGGUACUUAGUUAUGCAAGAGAUGUCUCGCGCCUUCCUCGUCGCAUGCUAACGUUCAGUACAAUAAACAAUCACACUUGCCUAUCCAUCCGCAAACUAACACUCCCAUAAUGGACCCCAUAUCUGCCCAUAUAUGACUCUGGGGUCUUUCUCCUUUUUCUUGCAUCGUGACCAAAUCUUGAAGACGAAUAUCAAAGCUCCUACCUUGGUUAUUGAUACCGGUGCAUGACGGUUUUUAGAUAGGGCAGAAUCAAUACUUCCGUAUCUUUUCGGCAGAGCCUUCCACCUGUUUACAUCAGCUCCAGUAGGCGUUACACUAACAAAUCCUAAACCCAACGCCAUGGAAGCUCAUCCUUCAGCAAUGAAUUCAAUGGACUGCGCAAUAUGCAGGCUCCCGCUCCGGGAUCACGAGUCUUCCCUCAAGGUCCUAGGAGAACUCCCCUUUGAUACGGUCAAAAGCAUAAUGAAACACCAAUGGCGCAAAGACGUCACUAAAAUAAUUUACACGCAUGCGCAGUACUACCAUGAUGAGUCGUUGGUCGAUCUGUCGCUGUGCCAGAAACUCCAGCUGGAAUACCUUGAAGAGGACCUCAAGAGUCAUCGCACAAAGUACAUCUUGCACUAUCUCCACGCCGUCGUCGAGGCGUAUCGGGACAAAGGGAUCGGCGCUACGCAGGUGACGAUGGAGGACGAGAUUUUAGUUCGAUCCAAGUUCGCCUAUAAUAAUGGCUUUGGCAGAGAAAAAGAAGCCCUGACUUACGACAUCCCAGAAGACCUCGACAUUGUCUUCAGAAAGGCGAAACCUUUUGAAUGGAAAGGUACAAUGACCUGGGAUCAGUGCAAGAAGAACAGCAUAUACAUGGCAGAGCAGAUGUAUGAGCAAGGUUGCGUCCGGGACGUUGUGGAUCGUCAGCUCAUCACGGUGAUAUCCAUCAUCCUUAGGCUAGAUGACAAAACUUUUACGUUUGUCCCCAAGACGCCGGACCCAAUGUGGUGCUGGAAUCAAUCCUUGGAACAGAUUGAAGGUUUUCAGCAUAUGACCAAGUUGGACUUGUUUUAAUGUAGCUUUCUAUCAUAAUUUUCAGAAUUGGUAAAAAUGAAAGACUUGAUAGACGGUUAACAGUCUAUUUCACUGGUGAUGCCAAUUGACAGGCAAACUAGAUUGGACAAGUGAACUUUGUUACAUCGCAUUGUAACUAAAAUGAGGAAUAAG